GCGGCGGAGCUGGAGCCGCGGCCCUAGCGGAGCCGAGAGCGGCGGCGGCGGCACCAUGACCCUGGGCAGCUGCUGCUGCGAGAUCAUGUCCUCCGAGAGCUCCCCGGCCGCGCUGUCGGAGGCCGAAGCAGACAUAGACGUGGUGGGAGGCGGCAGCGGUGGGGGGGAGCUCCCAGCCCGCUCCAGGCCCCGCGCCCCCCGGGACGUUCUCCCUCCCGGCCACGAGCCUCCCCCCGAGGAAGCCGAGGCGGACGUCGCAGAGGAUGAGGAGUCGGGAGGCUGCUCGGACGGCGAGCCCCGUGCUCUAGCGCCCCGGGGGGUGGCAGCCGCAGCGGGAAGCCCAGGGCCCGGCGCAGCGGCCGCCCGGGGAGCGGCGGGGCCGGGGCCGGGACCCGGGCCGCCGUCGGGGGGCGCGGCGACCCGGAGUCCGCUGGUGAAGCCGCCCUAUUCAUACAUCGCGCUCAUCACCAUGGCCAUCCUGCAGAGCCCCAAGAAACGCCUGACGCUGAGCGAGAUCUGCGAGUUCAUCAGCGGUCGCUUCCCCUACUACCGGGAGAAGUUUCCCGCCUGGCAAAACAGCAUCCGCCACAACCUCUCGCUCAACGACUGCUUCGUCAAAAUCCCCCGCGAGCCGGGGAACCCGGGCAAGGGCAACUACUGGACGCUCGACCCGGAGUCGGCGGACAUGUUCGACAACGGCAGCUUCCUGCGGCGCCGCAAGCGCUUCAAGAGGCAGCCGCUGCCGCCGCCGCAUCCACACCCGCACCCGCACCCGGAGCUGCUCCUGCGCGGCGGGGCUGCAGCCGCUGGGGACCCUGGCGCCUUCCUCCCUGGCUUCGCCGCUUACGGCGCCUACGGCUAUGGCUACGGGCUGGCGCUCCCAGCCUACGGCGCACCCCCACCCGGGCCGGCCCCGCACCCGCAUCCACAUCCGCACGCCUUCGCUUUCGCUGCCACCGCGCCUUGCCAGCUGUCAGUCCCCCCCGGCCGCGCCGCGGCGCCUCCACCCGGACCCCCGACGGCCUCGGUGUUCGCAGGCGCAGCCUCUGUUCCUGCGCCUGCCCCGGGGUCCGGCCCAGGCCCCGCAGGGCUGCCCGCCUUCCUAGGCGCAGAGCUGGGCUGCGCCAAGGCUUUCUACCCCGCAUCCUUGAGUCCUCCCGCAGCCGGCACAGCGGCCAGUCUGUCCACUGCACUCCUGCGCCAGGGCCUCAAGACGGACACCGGCGGUGGUGCGGGAGGUGGGGGCGCCGGGACAGGCCAGAGGCCUUCCUUCUCCAUAGACCACAUCAUGGGCCACAGUGGUGGCGGGGCAGCACCCCCGGGUGGCAGCGACGGCUCCCCCGGAUCGCCAUUCGCGGCAGCCGCGGGGCCUGGGGGUCAAGCCCAAGUCUUGGCCAUGCUGACUGCCCCGGCCCUGGCUCCGGUGGCCGGCCACAUCCGCCUCUCGCACCCGGGGGACGCACUCCUGUCUUCAGGGCCUGCGUUUGCCGGCAAAGUCGCUGGCCUGAGUGGCUGCCACUUUUGACCACAGCGGACCCAGGGCCAGUUAGGCCCUCACUCCUCAUCCUCUCCCUGGAGCUCCUUUGGUCCCAGCGGAAUUCAGGGAGUCUAUUUAUGAAGUCUUCAGACCUAGGCCAGUGCGUGGUCAGGCACUUCAGGCUCCAUGCUCCGAAUGCC